AUGAAUGGUGUUAAGGACAGUAGCAUCGGCAUUGUCACUACCUGGAGCUUGCAUGCAGGAAACACGGCUCUCCACCUGGCGUGUCAGAACGCACACGCUCAGACUGCUCGUCUCCUGCUGCUGGAAGGAGCCAAACCAGACACCAAGAACAAGGCCGGAGAUACGUGUUUACAUGUUGCUGCUCGCUACAACAACCUGACUCUGGUGAAGAUCCUGCUCAGUUGUCUGUGCUCCGUGAACGAGAGGAACCAGUCGGGUGACACAGCUCUGCAUGUGGCUUCAGCUCUAAACCACAAGAGGACAGUGGAGCUCUUACUGGAAGCAGGGAUUGACGGGAAAAUCAGGAACAAUGCAGGUAAAACUGCCCUGGACAAAGCCAGAGAUAACAACCACAAAGAUGUGGCUCAUCUCCUGGCCAGAGCUCCUCAGGUUCAUCGCUUCAUGAGAAAAACGAUAAAGAAAAGAAGAGAGAGACAGAAAACUGAAAGGAGGACUCAGUCUGAGCCCAGGGAGAUUCAUCCCAACAAACAGGACAGCAGCUCUGCUUUGGAGGAAACUCACAGCAGUGAGCAAAUGACAAUCCAGGUGAGUCCUCACCCACAGAAGAAACGAGAACAACUGAACCACAAAAUGCCGACCGCCUUCAGCAACCCCUGCAGCCCGCAACAGAAGAGGAGAGUCAGAGUCCAGGCAGUGAAAAAGGAUGAAGAUGUGAGAAGAAGAAAGAAGGACUCCCACGCGGGGAAGGAUCUGCUCUGGGAAGAUGAUGAUGACGUGAUUCCUGCACUGAACAGAAAAUCAUACCAGCUCUACACUCUUUAUCGGGACAAGGAUGGGAACAUCCAACAGGCUCCAGCUGAUGGAUGUCAGUGUCAGCCGCUGCUGCAGAAGCUGGAGGUUCAGCUGAAAGCAACGCAGGAGGAAAUGAGGCUGCACAUCUUAAAUGUCCAGGAGGAAGUGAACUGCAGGCUGGGACAGAUGGACCGCAAGAAUAAGCACCAGAUUAAAGUGUUGGACAUGCUGAAUCAGGAGAGGGCCGCAGCAGACAGGAGGAACAUGAUGUACAGGAUCGAGCAGAGAGUCGCCCAGGGCAGAGAGGAAACGCUGAUGACACAGGCUGCAGUGUCUCAUGAACUGAAGAGAUGGUGUCUGUCCCAGCUAAAGGACAUGGAGGUCCAUGUUCCUGCCAAAACCAAGUACUACAAGCUCCUCCCCUCACCAUCUGUGGAGCAUUGUGUGGGCGACGCUGAGCUGGAGUCCCUCCCUCUUCUGUCUGUCAUACCUGGAGACAGCAGCACCUCGCUCGCUACCUAUGUGAACAUCCUUCCAUCCAGAUCCUCCCACAGCCUGGAAGUCCUGGAACAUGAGCCGAACAGCAGCGGGACGUACUUUGAGAUGAAGGUGGAAAGGUCGCCAGAUGAUUAUCAGAACACAGCGCUGUUUCCUCUCCCCGCCCAGAGCGCAUCCGGCCUCCUGCUGGGCUCUGCAGACCCCCUCUGGCAGCCUCCGGGAAUGCAGGACGGUCCUGCGGCUCUGUGCAGGGGGGAGGGUUUAUCCAGCAGCAGCAGCAGCUGGUCCAGCAUCAGCGACCAGGCGCUCCGACCGAGCCAGCACCAUGAUCAAAGCUUUGACAGGAACCAGCUUACAGAGCUGAUGAGUGCCCGCAGACGUGCAGGGAUCCACAGCGAGGGAACCAGGACGCUGGAAUUCUUCAUCGACCACCCUGCAGAGCCCACGUUCAUCCAGGAGAGGAACAACCUACAUGCCAAGGAGGUGACUCAGCGUUUCUUUGAGACGGUGUCCAUCCAGCUGGAACGUUGGUAUGAGAGGAAGAUCGUGGAGGUGGAGCAGCAGACGGCGCUCCGGUCUGAGGAGGACAGAAAGGAGCUACUGCAGCGAAUCAGCAUGCUGGAGGAGGAGCUUGCGAGGCUGAAGGCCAAUGAGAACACAGAAAUAUUGGUGCAGCUGGACAGUGAAUAAAAUCUGGAGGAUGGAGAAACAUUUUUCAAACUUUCUUCUCUUUGUUUGAAAAUAUAGACUGAUCAUUGACGCCUGCAGCAAAUGGGAGUAAAAUCACUGCUGAUGUUUACAGACAUUUUUAAGAAACAAAUCAGUUGAAGCAAUAAUCUUGACUAUUAUAAAACUAUUAUGAAGGUGUUUAACUUGUUUACAUUUGUUACUCUUUAAC